AUGAGACAAGUACAAGGAAUGAAUCGAGUUCCAAGUGUUGAGAAUUACGAUCUAUUCAAUAAAAUAUAUUAAAAAUCUAAGUUAGCAAAAGCUUAGCAAUCCUCUUAAGAUUUACUUUAUGAUGGAGAUCAGUAUAGAAUUUAGUAAAGUUAAUAAAUGUUGGUUGAGUAUCUAAAAGAUCUCAAUGAGAUGAUUGAAGAUGUAGUAAGAUUAGUUGAUUAAUUACACUCACUUAAUGAAUUAGAAGUAAACAAUCUUUUCUAACAUCUGAAAAAACAAUUAAGGAAUUUGAAGUAAGUCAUUUCAUCAAUAAUGGAUGUCAUGUUAGGAAAGGGUAAGUCACCAUUUUAAGCUUAAAAACCUUCACAUGUCAAUAUAGUAAUGGUUAACACUAUUAGAACAUAUUUAGUGGAAGUGUAUAUUCCAAAUUUAUUGGAGACAGCCAAAUAUGCUCUAGAUAAUUUUGAAGGCUAUAAAGGAACAUUUUUAAAAGAUAUGAAAAUAGCAUCAACAUAAUUAAUUAUGAUAAAUCUAAUAUUUGGUGCUUCAGUUGAUAUUGAUAAAAAUUCACUUUUCUCUCUUGAUAAGAAUCAUAAAGAUUGGAAAGAAUUAUAUUUAAUUUGUGAAAGAAAAUCUUUGGGAGAUAUUGAGAGAAUAAAUCAAUCAUUUGAUAAUUUUGCUAAUACUAUAUUAAUUGGUCAUGCAAUUAUGGGAAAAAGUAGUAAAUUCAAAAAUGAAAUACUAAAAAAAUUAUAAUUAGCCAUCAAUAGUAUUUAUUAUCAAAUUUUUGAUGCAAAAAAAGAAGCCUUUACAAAUAUGAGUUAAAUGAAAGCUUAAAAUGCUAUAGAAGUUAUGAAUAUGAUUGAAACACCAGCAAUUAAAAAAAUCAUGGCUAUGGCAUAUCCAAAAAUUAAAGUUAACUGUAAAAUAUAUAUCGACCCUGUUGUCACUCCUAUAUCUAUUUAAUGGGUCAAUUCAUAAUUAAAAAAUGGAUAAUUAAAUAAAAUAACCACAUAACAAAUUAAAUUAAUAAAUGAAGAAUUGCACCUUGAUCCCAAUGCAAAAUUUAUUUUACAUAAAUUUGAUCCAUAAAAACUAAGAAUUCGAAUUUUAUGUAAUUCCUCAAUAGAUGACACAAGUAGUUCAUGGUUCUCUAAUUCUUAAUAACAUAUUUUACAUGAUACAAUAUUAGUACAUAUUCAUGGAGGUGGAUUCAUAGCUCAUUCUAGUUCAAGUCAUUAAUCUUAUACUAGAGAAUGGGCUAUAAAGUUGGGAAUUCCUAUUUUCUCUAUUGAUUAUUCAUUAGCACCUAAAUAUCCUUAUCCCUAAGGCUUAGAUGAUGUUUGGUAAGCCUAUAAUUGGAUUUUAAUUUAUUGUUACAAACAUUUUGGUAUCUUUUUAAGUUAAUUAAUAUCUUAUAGAUAUCCAACCAAAAAGAAUUAUUGUAGCAGGUGACUCUGCAGGAGGUAAUUUAGCUUGUGCUUUAACAGGACUAGCGAUUAAAAUGGGGUAGAGAGUACCUGAUGGAUUAUUUAUGGCCUAUCCUGCUUUGGAUCUAAGAUUUAAUUUUACUCCUUCUUAUUUACAUGCUUUAACUGAUAAAAUAAUUAGUCAUACAAUAUUGGGAAUUUGUGUUGAAUCUUAUGCUUCAAAUCCAUUAACAUAAUUAAGUAGCGAUCCAUUUAUUAAUCCAAUGUUGUUAUCAGAUGAAAUCCUUGCAAAAUUUCCUCCUACAAGAUUAAUGUGUGGAACAAAGGAUCCUUUACAUGAUAACACUUGGGCUUUUGCAUCUAGACUUUUGUAAAUUUUAAUAUAUAUCAAUAGAAAAGUAAAAAAAAAUGUUUAAUUUAUAAUCUAUGAAUAAAUUUGCCAUGGGUUUUUAUGUUACAAAACAAUAAAAGGUAUGUAAGAAAUUUAAGUAUGUAUUGAUGAUGCAAUAAAAUACAUACAAGAACUAAUAAACUUAUCUAAAUCCUGA